CCAUUUUUGUGGAAAGUGUGCAAAGCAAAAGUGAUGAACUUAUUGAUAUGAAUUCAUCAGGUAUGUCUGGUAUUAUUGAAUUGGAUACUGUACAAACGGAUUCAAAUGCCAUUUUUGUGGAAAGUGUGCAAAGCAAUAGUGAUGAACUUAUUGAUAUGAAUUCAUCAGGUAUGUCUGGUAUUAUUGAAUUGGAUACUGUACAAACGGAUUCAAAUGCCAUUUGUAAGUAUAAUGCAUUAUAUUUUCCUAGGCAAAAAUGUAUUAAUUUCUAUAUUUUAGUUGUGGAAAGUGUGCAAAGCAAUAGUGAUGAACUUAUUGAUAUGAAUUCAUCAGGUAUGUCUGGUAUUAUUGAAUUGGAUACUGUACAAACGGAUUCAAAUGCCAUUUUUGUGGAAAGUGUGCAAAGCAAUAGUGAUGAACUUAUUGAUAUGAAUUCAUCAGGUAUGUCUGGUAUUAUUGAAUUGGAUACUGUACAAACGGAUUCAAAUGCCAUUUUUGUGGAAAGUGUACAAAGCUACGGUGAUGAACUAAUUGAUAUGGAUACAUCAUUGGCUGAUCGAAAUUUAAUUAGAUUAUUGGCAAGCAUUGGUGUGCGGAAUAUCAGACAUCUUACUCCUAGAUGUAAAAAGUUCUAUUCGAUAACCAAUCAACUAAUACGAAAACAACGUCAGUCAGUUGUUAAGAAAGAACUAUUCAAAAAUAGAUUGAAGAGAGCAGAAAAAUUUGCUGAUUCAUAUAUGAUCAAUAAAUUGAAUGGGAAAGUAACGGCUGCAGCAUCGCUUUUUACCAGAUUACAACUUCGGGAAACUAUGAAAAAGAAAAGAGGUCAUAGAUUCACUUUGGAAGAAAAAAUGCUGAGUCUUUCAAUUUAUAAAAGAAGUCCGAAAUGCUAUAGACUUUUAUCAAAUCUUUUCACGCUUCCAUGUAAACGAACAUUAAAUAAUUUACUAAGUACGGUAUCUAUUGGUCCAGGAGUUUCACCUGUAGUCUUUCAAGUCUUAACAGAAAAUGUUAAAAAACUUAAACCGUCUGAACGGUAUUGCUCACUUAUAUUUGAUGAAAUAUCAUUGAGUAGUGGACUGAAUUAUGAUUCAUCUGCUAAUAAAAUAGACGGCUUUGUAAAUUCUGGUUCUUAUAAAAGCCAAGAGUUGGCAGACCAUGCUUUAGUUUUUAUGGUCAGAGGAAUAAAAAAAAAAUAUAAGCAACCAGUAUCAUUUACAUUCUGCCAAGGUGCUACUAACCAGCAUGAAUUAGCAAGACAAAUUAAAGAAGUAAUACAAAAAGUUUCUAGAACAGGGCUUCAUAUAGUAGCAACUGUGUGCGAUCAAGGGAAGCCAAAUGAAGGUGCAAUUCGGUUAUUAAAUGAUGAAACCAGAGCAUAUUGCAUUAAAAAUAAUCGUGAGUAUAGAGAAGAAUUUUAUGAGGUGGAGCAAGAAAACGGAGAACGAACCAAAAUUGUGCACUUAUUUGAUGUUCCUCAUCUUAUUAAAUGCACAAGAAAUAACUUGGUGACAAAAAAUCUUUCAUUCGAAAUGGAUGGUAUCAAGCGUUUAGCAAAGUGGCAACAUUUAGAAUAGUUGUAUCAAACAGAUAGUGCUUUGCCAGACU